AUGGCAUCCAUGAUGCACGCUCAGUCUGUGGUCAUGCCCAAUCGGCCACACGACUACUUGUAUGAUACAAAUUAUACUGUAGCAGGAAAAAGCGACCAUUUAAAAGCUAUGGCCAAGGCACAGGCACAGCAAGUGGUUAUUAAUCCUCAUUUUGAAAACAUGUUCAGCUCACUUCGCCAUUAUCCAACUACAGAGUAUAGUUUAAAACCUCAACGACUUUUGCCGGGUAUUGGACAGGAUCGUCGAGUAGAUGCUAGUCAGGCUUAUGUUGUUGGCUCAGAUAGAUUUAAAUAUUUUAAACGGCCAAUCAUGCCAUAUAUGCCAGGCAUGAUAGUUUAUGCGAAAAAACAACAUGCAACUGCACAGGACACAAUGCAACGACCAGCCAGCCCGUAUGCCAAGACUGUUGGAACGCAAACUUUAUAUAGAGAAUCCGAAGCACAGACUGAUCCCUAUUCCCCAGAAUAUCUUUUAAGACCAAAUCUUCCUCCACCUGAACUCCUCGCAUUGGCAACACUGACAUAUGGAGCAGGACUUCCAGCUGGAGUUGCAGAGUUGGAGAUGAUCGAACGUGCUCGAGUAAAGCGUGCAUGGGAGUCCACUCUUCCAUUAGUAGUAGAUCAAGAAACAUUUGAACGGCGACUUAAGAUGAUGGAGGAGAUGGAACUGAAAGAAUGGCAAGAGCGAGAGUUGGAGAUUAAAAGGUUACAGGAAGCUCGGCUCAAAAUCUUGACUACAGUAAUCCAAAAACGCGAGCAGGAAAAUGAAACUGUUAAUAAUAGUCGGAUUGAUCGUAUCUGGCAACGAAAGCUUCAAGAACGUGAUGCUGCAUUUGAAAAAAUCAACCAAAAAAGAAUCAAAGCAAUUCGUAAGCUCACUGAAAAAAGAGCCAAAGUAGAAAACAAAAUUGAAAAAAGAGAUAUUAUCACAGAUUAUGCAGAUCAUGGGUCUAGAGUGUAUGCACCUAAAGCACGCGAAGGGACUUUUGCUGAUAAAGCAUCUUCAACCUUACAAAUUAAAAUUGAAGAGCUCGAGUCAUAUUCGGCACUUGUUGAACUGGAAAAGUCGUUUUCUCCCUUUGUACUUACUGCCAAAACACAGUUACCAAAAUGGAAGUCUUCAGCCAAGUCGUGUGCGUCUCGGAAGGAACUUCAUAUCCAAACACAGCUUGAAAACAUGGCAUUGAAACUUCAGGAAAGAAACAUCAAGAAUAAGAUUCAAGAAACUCCUAUAAAGUACGCGAUCAAGAUUGAAAAGCCUCCUCGACGACCGCCAACCCCUAGUAUCCAUAUUCCGAGCGAAGAAGACGAAGAAAUGGAGGUGGCUUCUAUUUUUUUACAAAAGCUUAUAAAAGGCCGCAUUUCACAAAAUCUCAUGUAUCAAGGAAAAGAGCGUCGUCUCGCACUGAUCAACGAGCUUCGUAUUUGCCAUAUUAUCAAAAAAGAGCAAGCCAAUGGAGAAAACAUCAGCGUUCCUACGGCUGCCUUGGAUGAUUUCUUGGAGCGCAGCAACAACACUUUAUCCCGUGAAACCUACAUUCGCAAUCAGGGUGGCGAAUUAUUGCUCGACCUUGAUGAUCAAUCGUACAAAACUUUACACAAAAAACAGUUGACAGAGUCAACCAUACUACCAUCUAUUUCUUCUGAUAAAGAAAAGCUGGAAACUAUGUUUGAAAGCACAAUCCAAGGCGAAUACAUUGGAAAAACGCUAGAUUUUUUGACAAAAGAAUUGGUUCGACUUCGAGAGGAAAGGCGAAUUGAUGCAAUGGUUAUGCUAGCUGAGCGUACUCGAAAAAUUCGAGAGGCUGAAGAAAGUGGAAAAAGACAGUCAGAAAUGCAACAAAGGGAGCAAGAGGAUGAAAUCUUUAAACAAGUUAUGCAGGUGCAUCAAGAAACUGUUGAUACGUACUUGCAAGAUAUUGUUUCUGAAAACAUUGGAUCGACAGCAGAUCAACAGGCGCGAAUCCAAGCUCAAGAAUAUGCAACAAAAAUAGAUCAUAUUUCUCAGUUGUUGGUAACUAGGGAUGCCGAGUCCGGUACCUGCAACAUGAUAGAGGACUUGGUUUCAUCGUUCCUUUUCCCACAUGUUGAAAGACAAAUGUUAAAAUCUAAAGGUUGGUGCUAG